GCUACCUCAAGUCUCCAAGUUGUUGGUUGUGAUAAAAUUAAAGUGCAUUCAGAAAUGUCAAUGGAAAUGGUUUAAAAAGCCAUAAUUCGCCGGUCCCCAAAAGCCACUCAUCACUUUCACACUCACUUCAAUUCAAUUCACCGACCUCUACUUUCAUCCCAAUAUCCAUCAUGGCGACAUUCGACCGCAAUCUUUGCACUCUGGCUACUUGUAGCGUGGAGAAGUUCGGCUGGUACCACUACGUUCCCAAUCUUGGAGCCAACGCCUUUUAUCUCGCCGUCUUUGCCAUCUUCGCCAUUAUUCAGCUCUACUUGGCUAUUAGAUACAGGGUUUGGGGCACUUUUGCUCUUGGACUUGUGCUCGGUUGCGUUACAGAGGCGAUUGGCUAUGCUGGUCGCGUUAUGCAGGCCCGAGGGGAUGGUAUUUUCAAGAAAAAAUACUUUGUGAUCCAGCUCGUAUGCCUUACCAUCGCGCCCGCUCUCAUCUCUGCUCCGAUUUAUCUCUCCCUCGGCCGAGUCGUCAAAGCAUACGGAAGACAGUUCUCUCUCAUGUCACCCAGAACAUAUGCAGUCAUUUUCAUCUGCUCUGAUGUUGUCUCGCUGAUCCUCCAAGCUAUGGGUGGAGGUCUUGCCGCUACUGGAAAGACACAGAAGAAGGUCGACACUGGCGUGCACAUUCUGGUAGCAGGAUUGGCCUAUCAAGUGCUUUCCUUGGCUGUCUUCAUUGGUCUGGCGACUCAUCUUUGGUCUCGCGUCCGCCGCAUGGGCACUAAAGACGCUAACCCCCGAUUUACCGAACUACGAGCUUCUCGACAGUUGAAGUCAUUUAUCUGGGCUUUGAGCAUUGCUACCAUCACCAUCACAAUCCGUUGCAUCUAUCGUGUAGUUGAGCUCUCUGGUGGCUUCAAGUCUGAGGCUGCCAACGAUGAACCUUCUCUCAUGGUCCUUGAUGGUCCCAUGAUCAUGGCAGCCCUCCUUGCACUGACCGUCAGCCACCCAGGACCCCUGUUCUUUGGAGACUGGAAGCGACUGGGUCAGGACUCUGGAUAUCCUGAAAUCGGCGAGGAGAUUGAGCAGGUCAAGCAGGAUGUUGAGCGUAAGUAGAGUAAUACUGAGGAGAUACACUGCAGUUGGGGUUGAGGGCAGGGGGUAAUGUACAGUAAGGGUUUUUAGUUAUCUGACUGAGAGUUAGUAGUGCUGGCUGGCUAAGUAAUAUAAUAAAGAAUAUAGUUAGUUUU